AUGGAUGCGAAAAGUAAACUCGAAUUACCAACUCCGCCAACCUUUUCUCAAAUGAUGGAAGAUUUGGACAUCAUGACGUCGGAUGACAAAAUUUUUAAAUUAUUUCAACUUGAACAAUUAAUUGAUGAAUGUGAAGAUCAGUCUUCAUCAUCAUCAUCAUCAUCAAACCGAACUCCAGUCGAACAAACUUAUUGGUUGAUAAAUAAAUUUCUUAGUCGAUUGAAAACUUUGCAAGAUCUUGAUACAAACAUAACAGCACAGAAUGAUGCGAGCAGCGAUGAAGUCGAGAAAAAAUUACGCGAUAUUAUCAAUCAACUUCAGAUGUGCCUGACUAAACUACAGACGAAUUCUUUUUCAAAUGUUAAAAAUGUUUUAUCUGAUAAUAAAUAG